AUGGACGAAGCCCACAGCCUCGGAAUUUUGAAAGAUUCUGUCGUUUUUGAGCACCGCCUUGCAGAACAGCGACCUGAGGACCGGAGCCAGCGAAGCGGUCGCACCGACACAGAGGCGCAAAGGUUCUGGCCGCUGCGUGACCGGCAGGCGGGUCCCAGCGCCAGGCCUCACCUUUCUCGGGCAUCUCCGCUCUCGGAACGGUUGCCCGAGCCCGCACGCAUCUCCCCUGGUCACCAUUCCUGCCACACUGUAGGCAGCACCCCAGAAAGGGACUGCAAGUCUACAUCACCCAAAGAGCAAGUCUUUGCCAGAGACUGCAGCAGAGGUCUUCGAGGAGGCGGAUCUCGGCUGUGCCUCGUCCUGGGGAGUCUGCUGCGUACCCGCAGGCCGGGAGGGAAGGAUGCGAUCGGACUGCGCGCUUUGCCCCCGGGGAAGGAAGGCUCCUUUGGCUCCACCGAGGCCCGCGGUCCUGCGGGGCCCUGCGCCCGGGCUCUGUUUUCCCGCCGCUGUGGGAAGCCGCACGACGCGGGUCUGCCUCUGGGUGGCGCCAACCACGCGCUCGCAAUCGAGUGGGAGGUUUCGGAGGGCGGCGGGUCCGAGGACUUCCGCCGGGCCUUCCCGCGCCUCCUCCCUCCCGUGCACCUUCUCCGGUCUGCCGGGGUUUGGCGCUCGGGCCUUCCCGUAGACCAGUCUGACCCAGCCCCGAGGGUUUACUGCCCUCCCCGUGGACUCCUGGAAUUGGGGCCUUUGCAAUCAGGUUUGCAGCGAGCGUGGUUAGGGGCGGGGGCGCGGCCGUCCGCCGGUCGGCGCUGGGUCCUCCGGCGGGAGAUUCCGAACACGAACACGAGGAAUCCGAAGCGCGGGACAUAUGGCAAUGCUGUCUUCUGACCGGACUUCUGUAAUACACCUUAGAGCGCUAGAUCAUUUUCCCAGAGGAAAAAUGUAUUUGACAUUUUGGGUCCCAGGGGAAGAAGCAGAGAAAGGACGCUGGAGAUGCAAAUUUUUCAUUUCAUGAUUUCAAUCUCACAAAUAUGAGUAGAGAAAUCCAAGGAGCUGGGCUCCAGUCCCGGGACCAUUCCUACAGUAACGCUGCCGGCACUGAGUAAGCUCCCGAGCGCCCCUUGGUGAAUUAGGCAGGCUUCCUCAAGAUCCAGAAAAUAACAACAGGUCUCAAAAGGGCUUCAUUUGUCCCAGAUGUGUAGUGUGUGAAAGUCUUUCAACACCAAAGGUGAGAUCUGCCCCUGAGGAAGUCGAGGCUGAUUCACAAACGCGGCGCUCAAAAGACUGUGUGCCCUGCGCUUCGGCUGGCAGCAGCUUGGCAGAGGCCGUCUCUGCAUGUCCUGGAGCCGUGGAGCCCACAGGCCUUCCCGGGACCCCACUGGCAGAGCGGGAACAGGGCAGCCAGGAGGGAGCUCGUGCCUGAAAGCGAAGGAGCUGGGUGCUGGUGGACGAGCUCUUCUCUGUUGGCCCUUGGUGGUGGUGAUGACCUAGCACAGUGAGCAGGUCCCGCGUGCAUCCUGCGACCUGUGUGUGAGGUCUCAAGAAUGUCCGCCGUGGACACCGACGCUGGACAACUUCUGGUGCUGAGUGGGAGUGAGAUGAGACCUCUGCCGUUAGCAGCCCAGGAGCACCGCUGAGCGCAGAGUGGAAGUGCGGGCUUUCUCCAGGGGCCAGGAAUGCAGAGACCAGACCAUUUUUCUCCGCAAUGAAUUCUAUCCCAUCUUCAGAACCAGGUCCCCCUCUUUUGGGGACACACAGGUAGAAUGAGGGUUAUUUGGGAACAACCAGAGCAGACAGGCUGCGGACAAAAGGUCAAACUCAGCCAUCUUGGGUUCAGGUGCAAAUCACAGGUGGUUCAAGGCCGCCUUCCCAGCACGGGCUUCUGACUCGCGUCCUGACCCGGGCACUGGGUUGCUCAGCGGGGCCUGCAGAGAACUCGGCCUCGGGACAGACCCUGCACUUGCGUCCUGCGGUGGAGGAUGAGGGGUCCACUGCACAAGCCCUGAGCCCGUGUGCAAAUGCCAGAGGGCAGCUGGGGUGGCGAGGCCCACAGGUGAAGGGCUGCGUCUCAGGGUGGGGAAGUGGGGCUGAGGGGCACUCGCCAUGCUGUGGUGGGGAUUGAGGACGAUGCAGAGCUGGGCAGCUGUGCUUGAAGACCAGUGUGAGGACGGAGGGUGGACACUGAGCCCCUCUGCCUGGGCCUGCUCCUGUCCAGCAGGCUGCACUCACAGAUCUGCUUUGGUCAAGGGCCUGCCCUCUCCUUGCAUUAAAUAUCUGCCAUUGACCCUGGAACUCUCCUCUCCCCAUGGCUUAGAAUUCAUUAUUGCCUUUAAUUAUAUUAGCUUUCAAUUUAGCCCCUGUCUAGCAGGAUCUCUCGCUAGGACUCUCGACUCUCCCUGGUAUAACAGCCGCAUCCGCCUGCCUGGCAUAACCUCACCCAGCCCUAAAUCAGAGAUGCCCCGCUCCUUUCCAUGGGGAGCAGCACUUAGACACCAGUGCUGAGAGGCUCCGUGUGAUAAUUGCUCCUAUGACACCCGCUUCUUGGUCUUUUUGAUGGAAAGACCUAGGAAGUGCAGGUGUGUGUGCCCCUGUCACUGUCAGCGAGCACGGACACCACCUGCUCACAAGCACGUACAUAUCGUGGGACUCCGAGCUCAUAUCUAAACACCAAGUCCACCCCACCUUCAUGGCGUUCUUCCCUGCAUUCCCCCGUUCUGUAUUUAUGGGGCCCCCCACCCCUUCCAUACCAAGACCUGGAGCUCCAACCACAGCAGCAGAUUUCCUCACCUGCUCUGCCCUAUGCAGAGGACUGUAAUAUCAAUCAUGCCCAAGGCAGGCUGUGAAGAGUUAGCACUGCAGUUGGCUAGUUUAUAGAAGUGAGUCUGGCGGAAGGCUGUGAGCCGAGGUCAGAGUAACUCGCACCCAGAGUCUGUUCCCACAACUAAAACCUUCAGACUAGAAGGACAGUGUUCCAAUUACAACCAUAUAUUUGGUCCAUUCUAUUCCUAAUUCGAGAAUGCUUUGUCUUGUCCUUUAUGAGCCUUGUUUACAUUAAUUUCCAUAGAAACCACAGCCACCUUUACCCCAUUUGAUUACCAGUAAAAGUCAGUGCCUGGGACGGGCCAGGGCCUUUGUCGGUCGCACCGGCACCGGUCGUCCUGGCGCCCGCUUUCUCUCUCCUAGUUCUGUCUCUCAGUGUAUUCUUUUUCUCAGGCCUGCAUCACACACUGGGCAGGUGGGGACUGGAACCUGACUACAGGGGUCUCUGGCAGCCCUAGAUUGCCCCUGCCAUAGUUUCAGGAUUGCUUUGCCCAUCUAUUACCGAAAAACAUCCACUAAAAAGAAGUCGGCAUUUGUUUACAGUUCUCCAGCCCCACCCACACCCCUCGACCCAGCAUGAGGCAAACUGUGCUAUACUCUGAGCACGGAUCGUGUGCUUCCUCUUCAUGUGUCGAAGGUGUGGAGUAGAACUGAGUUCCUUUGCCGUAGUUUGCUUUCAGUAGUUUUUUGUCAAUUGAAUACUAACUUUUGAAAAUGUAGAACAUUCACAUGGCUUCAAAAGUUAAAGACAAAGCCAGGUGUGGUGGCACAAGCUUGUAAGGUUGAGGUUGAGCACUUCUGCGGCUGAGGCAGGAGGAUCACACGUGAGUUGGAGGGCAGCCUGUGCUACAUAGUGAGUUGAAGGCCUGCCUGUCUCAAAAACAAAACAAACCAAAAAGCUAAAGACAUAGCAAAAAGUAUACUCAAAGAAAUGUGCUUCCCACAGCCCUCUUUUUUCAAAACUGCUACCAUCUUUUUAGGUAACCAGCUUCAAUAUUUUCUGGUUUAUCUUUGUUAUAUUUCCUUUUCAGAAAGAAAAAACAGGUAAAGUAUAGUUUUUCUAUUUUCCUUUCUUGGAAAAAAUCCUGUAAUAUUCAUCUCCCCCCCCCAUCAAUAUCAACCAAUGCCCUGUUUCUGGAAUUUAAAGUUAGCUAAAAGGCUUGUAAGGGGUAAGGAGGCAAAAUAAGGUGUAAAAGGCUUCAGGGACUUCCAAACAAGGUUAUUUUCAAUCGCAAAGUAAAAGAAUAAAACAGUUCCAUCUCGAGCACAUUUGUA